AUGCGUGCUGUAUGCCGGGCGCUGUGUUCGGAGAUGGGUUGUUAUUGGUAUGUGCAAGCUGUAGUGUCCUUGAACAAGAUGACAGCCAUCUCACCAGACCCUCAAACUCUGGCCCCUACUGAACAAAAUGAGGUCCCAGGAAUGGUUACUUCUGGGGAGCAAGAAACUAUUUUAGGAGGAGAUGCUGCUGAUGCAGAGUGUUUCAGACAGCGGUUUAGGUGGUUUUGUUAUUCAGAAGUAGCCGGACCCAGGAAAGCUCUGAGUCAACUCCGGGAGCUCUGCACUCAGUGGCUGAGACCAGAUAUUCACACGAAAGAACAGAUUUUAGAGCUUUUGGUGUUUGAGCAGUUCCUGACCAUUUUGCCUGGGGAGAUCAGGGUUUGGGUAAAGUCACAACAUCCUAAGAGUAGUGAGGAGGUGGUGAACCUAAUAGAAGAUUUGAUGCAGAUGCUUGAAGAAAAAGAAGAUCUCGUCUCUCAAGAUUCUGUUUCCCAAGAGGAGAACUCAAAAGAGAAUAAAGUGGUCGCUGUUUGUCCCAAUACUGAGUCCUGUGAAUCUAUAACAUUGAAAGACGUAGCUGUGAACUUUUCAAGAGGAGAGUGGAAGAAGCUGGAGCCUUUUCAAAAGGAGCUAUAUAAGGAAGUGCUGCUGGAAAACUUCAGGAACCUAGAAUUUCUGGACUUUCCAGUUUCAAAAUUAGAGUUGAUUUCUCAGCUGAAGUGGGUUGAAUUGUCAUGGCUGCUGGAAAAAGAAGUCUCAAAAGGCUCCCAGCCAGAUGAAUCAGCUUUAGAUAAAAUAAUAGAAAGAUGCCUCAGGGGUGAUGAUGAUGGCCUGAUGGAAGAAUUCCAGAAAUAUUGUGGCAUAUCAGAGGAGGAGCAUGGUAAUCAGGGAAAUUCAAAAGGAAAAGUCACACAAAAGAAAACUCAUGGGAAAGGCAAUAGGGGUGAGGAAUCUGACCCAGAUAAAAGGCCCUUUGGACAUAAUUUCAAAGAACCUUCAGACUUAAUGAAACAUCUGAGAGUCUACUUGAGGAAGAAAUCUCGGAAGUAUAAUGAAAGCAAGAAACCCUUCAGUUUUCACUCAGACCUUGUUCUGAACCGCAAGGAGAAAACUGCUGGAGAAAAGUUACGGAAAUGUAAUGACAGUGGGAAAGUCUUAAGUCACUCUUCAGCUCUUACUGAACAUCAGAAACGUCAGAAGAUUCUUUUGGGGGAUAGAUCCCAAAAAUGCAGUAAGUGUGGGAUAAUCUUUAUUCGGAGGUCAACUCUUUCUAGGAGAAAAAUCCCUAUGUGUGAGAAAUGUCGGAAAGAUUCAUGUCAAGAAGCAGCCUUAAAUAAGGGUGAGGGAAAUGAGACUGGAGAAAAAACUCAUAAAUGUAGUAAGUGUGGAAAAGCCUUUGGCUAUAGUGCCUCACUCACGAAGCAUCGGAGAAUUCACACUGGAGAAAAGCCCUAUAUGUGUAAUGAGUGUGGAAAAGCUUUUAGUGAUAGUUCAUCGCUCACACCACAUCAUAGAACUCAUAGUGGAGAGAAACCCUUCAAAUGUGAUGAUUGUGGGAAAGGUUUCACCCUAAGUGCUCACCUCAUUAAACAUCAAAGAAUUCAUACUGGAGAAAAACCUUAUAAAUGUAAAGACUGUGGGAGACCCUUCAGUGACAGUUCAUCUCUUAUUCAACAUCAGCGAAUUCAUACUGGAGAAAAACCCUAUACGUGUAACAAUUGUGGAAAAUCCUUCAGUCAUAGCUCAUCCCUUUCCAAACAUCAGAGAAUUCAUACUGGAGAGAAACCCUAUAAAUGUGGUGAAUGUGGAAAAGCCUUUAGACAGAAUUCAUGCCUUACCCGGCAUCAGAGAAUUCACACCGGAGAAAAACCAUAUUUGUGUAAUGAUUGCGGAAUGACUUUCAGCCAUUUUACAUCUGUUAUUUAUCACCAAAGACUUCAUUCAGGAGAAAAACCGUACAAAUGUAACCAAUGUGAGAAAGCCUUCCCAACCCAUUCACUCCUUAGUCGUCAUCAGAGAAUUCAUACUGGCGUAAAACCUUAUAAAUGUAAAGAAUGUGGGAAGAACUUCAGUCAGAGUUCAUCUCUUAACGAACACCACCGAAUUCAUACAGGAGAGAAACCCUAUGAAUGUAAUUAUUGUGGCGCAACCUUUAGUCGAAGCUCAAUCCUUGUAGAACACCUAAAAAUUCAUACUGGAAGGAGAGAAUAUGAAUGUAAUGAAUGUGAGAAGACAUUUAAAAGUAAUUCAGGCCUCAUUAGACAUCGGGGAUUUCAUUCUUCAGAAUAA